UUUUCUUGUCUUCCUAGAAGGAAGACCGGCAUCCAACCAGAGAGGAGAGAAACACGAAGGCAGGAGGAACUCUACCUUUUCCUUGUUACUUCAUUCGACCCCAGAGGGCAACAAAACUACCCGAGGAAGACUGGACAUGGACCAGUUGGAUGACUUUGAGUUUCCUUUGGAGGAGGGUUUGCCUUCUGAGAUUACCGUGGUGGUGACAGGAGAACCCCCGACCACUGUGGAGGAAGAACUAGAAAAGGAAGAAGAGGAAGACCGUCAGGCGUCAGAAGUCACAGAGUCACUGUCCCUUUUAGACGUGCUGAGGAUCUCUGCAAUUAUGGAGGACAUCAUCGACCAGCUCUCUAUCCUAGGCUACAUCAUGCCGCUUCAGUACGAGAGAAAGCAGAGCAUCAGCCAGAAAGCCAGCCAUGAAGGAUCGAUCACAAAGAAAGUAUCUUCUUCUUUAUUAAAUAAAGAAAAAUUCUUGGUGCCGGAUAUCAAACAAAAGAGCCAGGAUUUUUCCUUUAAAAAACCAACAAAACAGAUCAUAAUGACUUUGGACAUCCUGAAGAAAAUACAGAGUGACAGUCAGUACUUCAGUAAUGUGAUUGCUAAUGUCAUAGAGGAGAUGCAACAUUCUGGAUCUUUCAGGAUUCUCCAGGAAGCCUUGGGCAAAGAAAGAGACAACAAAGUGAAUUUCCAGGACGCCAUCACAAGGGAGGAAAAAGGAAGAAAACAGAUAAAGUCUCUUCAAAAGCAGUUACUUGGUGUCAAGAGGGAGCGUCAGUUGCAAGUACAGAGCGGGAAUGAAUACAUUGCUCACCUCAAGGACCAGUUACAGGAGAUGAAGGCGAAAACCAAUUUGGAGAAUCUUUAUAUGAAAAGAAAUACCGACCUGCAGAUUUCCCAGACCCAGAAGAAAUGUAACAGAGCAGAGGAACUCUUGCUGGAGGAGAUUGAGAAACUGAGGAUGAAAACGGAAGAAGAGAACCGGGUUCACUCGGAGAUUGAAAUGUUCCUUAAAAAAGAACAGCAGAAACUUGAAGAGAAGCUAGAGUUCUGGAUGGAUAAAUUUGAUAAAGACACAGAAGCAAAACAGAACGAGUUAAAUGCUCUCAAGGCUGCCAAGGCCACUGACCUGUCACACCUUCAAGAACUCGCCAAGAUGAUCCGGGAGUAUGAGCAGGUCAUUAUUGAGGACCGGCUAGAAAAGGAGAGGUACAGGAGGAAGAUGGAGCAGGAUGAGUUGGAGCUGAAGAGCAUUGUGAAGCUCCAGGCCUGGUGGCGAGGUACAGUGGUCCGGAGGGAAAUUGGAACUUUCAGACUGCCCAGGAGAGAGAAAGAUGACAACAAAGACUCGAAAGGCAAGGAGAAGGAGAAGCGGAGAGGCAAGAAGUGACGUUUCUGCUGCUCUUCCCUCUGGCCUGGAGCUGUGCGGUGUUGCCACAGCACUCGCGUGUGGGCUCCCCGGACGCCCACGGAGCUCACUGUGCCCGCUCCCAUGGUUUCCAGAGCCCGAAGGAGGGCUGUCACGUGGCUGCGGGACCUCUGCAGACUCUUGAGGAAGCCAUGCUGAGUAGCUUUGUGGCCAUUCCUCUUCUUCUUUGUCACCCGAAAGCUGAGAGGGAUGCAUUAAAAACUCCUAUGCUA